GCCGGCGCCAUUUUGGCCAGCGCCGUUGGGCUUGGAGCGCGGCGGCCAUUUUGUUCGGGUCGCCAAGUGGGAGUUGGUGGCGGCUGUGGACGAGAGGGCGGACUGAAAGAAGAACGGACGCGAGGACCCAACAGCCAGCCCGUCACGCAAGCGACUAACCGCCCCUCCGUCUCAGCCCAGCGCCUCCACCCGCCCCAGACAAAGCUCGCGCGGCCGGUCUCCGGCCCCACAACCGCAACCGCAGUGGCAUCGGCGGCCCCCGGCGGAGCGCUGGCGUCCGUGUCCUUUGAUUCCCGGGAUUUGAAGAUGGCUGCACAGUCAGCUCCGAAAGUUGUGCUAAAAAGCACCACCAAGAUGUCUCUAAAUGAGCGCUUUACUAAUAUGCUGAAGAACAAACAGCCGAUGCCAGUGAAUAUUCGGGCUACGAUGCAGCAGCAACAGCAGCUAGCCAGUGCCAGAAACAGAAGACUGGCCCAGCAGAUGGAGAAUAGACCCUCUGUCCAGGCAGCAUUGAAACUUAAGCAGACUUUGUUUGCAAGUCCGGCGAGUGGCUGUGGAAGGAUAUGUCCAAGCUGUGGCUGGCAGUCUGGAGGGCGGUGCCAUGCAACUAAGAGCUUAAAACAGCGUCUAGGUAAAAGUAACAUCCAGGCACGGUUAGGCCGCCCCACUGGCCCCCUGGCCAGGGGAGCAGUCGGAGGACGGGGUUUGCCCAUGGGCCAGAGAGGCUUGUCCCGAGGAGGACUUCGUGGAGGACGUGCUACCAGAGCCCUGCUAAGGGGAGGAAUGUCUCUUCGAGGUCAAAACCUGCUCCGAGGUGGACGAGGCGUAGCUCCCCGAAUGGGAUUAAGAAGAGGUGGUGUCCGAGGUCGUGGAGGCCCUGGGAGAGGGGGCCUAGGGCGAGGAGCAAUGGGCCGUGGAGGAAUCGGUGGUAGAGGUCGAGGCAUGGUAGGCCGUGGACGAGGGGGCUUUGGUGGUCGUGGUAGAGGUCGGGGACGAGGUAGAGGUUCUGCCCGCCCUGCACUGACCAAGGAACAGCUUGACAACCAGUUGGAUGCAUAUAUGUCAAAAACAAAAGGACACCUGGAUGCUGAGCUUGAUGCGUACAUGGCUCAGACAGACCCUGAGACUAAUGAUUGAGGCCAGCUUUCCUGUUAGAGACUAUUCUUCAAGUUCAUUACAUUUGUACAGAUCCUGUGCUAACAAAUGAGAAGACCUGACAGAUGCUGAAAGGAUCUAUCAUAAUAGGUUGUGGACUUUAUUCAACCACCAGUUCAUACAUUUUGUGUGUUCCUUUACUUUUUGAUACUGUGUUGGAUGAAACAUUUGUGUUUCUGUUUGUUUUUGUUUUUUUUUUUUUUAAUUGGUUUUGUAUUUUUUUUUCUAUACUCCUCUCUGAACUUGAAUGUGACUGCCUGGUGACUGGAAUAUGCCUCCUCCCUCACUUAUGCACUGACAUUUUAAUGUUGUCCCCAUUCAGUCUUCUGGUUUUGAAUUAAGGCUCUAGAAAAUGCCAUAGCACAGACUUCUUUGAAAUUUCUACUCAGUAUGGAGAGAGGUUUUUAAGAAGGCUGUAAAAGAAGUGGUAAAUAGUUCUGUUCUUUUAAAAAAAAAAAAAAAAAAUCUGGGGGCAGAAGACAUAUUUAGACACAUACUGCAGCAAAUGGUGGGAGAGCUAAGUUGGUUACCUUGAGGACCAGGUAACAAUCUUGUAUAAAUUGCCAGUGGUAAUCAAGUUUUUACCAUGCAAGUCCAUACCUCACAUAGACCAAAGUAUUAUCCACAGUAACAUACCAUCUUUCUUGAUACAUUAAAACUUUCCUUGUGCACUUUGUAUCAUGAACAAAAUGGAUAAUAUUGGUCAAAGCUAUUUACAUGCAGCAAAAAAAAAAAGAGGCUGUCUGGCAGUCUUAAGAGGGGAGAGGAGUGAGAGAAUUUUGGCAGGCUUACUGCCAAGUGGGUUCUGGGAACGCCUUAGAAGUGCUAUUAUCUUUAUUUGUUAAAAAACGAAACAGUUUUCAGUUUAGAACAACUUUGGAUUUUACCACCCACAUUGGCUUUGCUUAUCUCUUCUUUCCCUUGAAGUUUUAAAGUUCAGUCAUACCUUUGUCAGCUGUUCCAGUUUCAAUAGAAUCUUGUAUUUCUGGUUCAUUAUAACAAAGAAGAAACCGUUCUCAAAUCCAAUCGAGCCUUUGACAUUUUCUUGCUGUUCCUUUGAAACUUCAUAGUCAUUUCAGCUGGGGGUUCUACCUCCAUGCUUUUCUUUCAGGGUAGGUGAUAACUUGAAGUGAAAGAGGUAGUGACCCUAAGGGUUUUCUCCCAUUUUCACUUUAAACUGUCUUUCCAUCAGAGGGAGCAAUUUCCUCCCCUGGAUCACAUGUAGUCAUGAUUUGAAGCUUUGAGCAAAAGACAAUUUAAAAAUGGGAUAUUGCCUAUCUAGUUUUUGGAGAGAGGUAGAUUAGAUAUUUAUUAUAUAAUAUUAAAAUAUUGGAUUAGCUAUUAAAGUGGCACAGCUGGUAUGAAAUUAGGAGAAUGGGCUAAGGAGCAUCUUGCUAUUUCUAUUUUCCUUAUCAUUUUCUUUGUACUACUUCAAGAGGAUUGUAAAGGUUCUUAUUGGGGCAAUUUAUACCCUCACCUAGAACUCCUAGGGGCUUGGAAUAUAGGGAUUUGGGGUUUUUUUGGGUUUUUUUUGACUGGCUGUAGGCCUCAAAAGCUUUUCCUAUUGCCAGUGAGAAGAAAAAGAUAUUCUACUGUAAUUGAAGAUAGGUGGAGGGGGCAAGCAUCAGUUUAUGAAGAUGGUUUAAGGCUGUUAAAGAACUUAGUUACAUUAUAAUAUGAAGAUUUAGUAGGUUGAGAUGGUUGGGUUUUGGAGAAGCUAAUUGAGACUAGCUUUUUAAGUACCAUCUUGAAAUGAUAGACAAUUAAUUUCCUAACCCUGUAUAAGAGUGCUGGUUGGCUAAUGUUCAUGCUACUCCAUUUUCCCCUGCUGUAGUUUCAUAAAACAUACUCUUUGUUUUAGAGCCAAACUUAAUAAAUUCCCACAGCCCCGUGGGAGUUCUCUCAAAUGUUUCUCAACAUGCACAUUAUCUACCAACAAAUAUUUUCCCAUCAACCUUUCACAGGUGAUGGCUUUUGUCAUCUUGAUUUGAGCUAUCUGUCUGUAGAUGCUGAGGAAUUGUUUAUUCUCUGCCAGUUUGUCCAAUUACUAACCUGUGUCCUGCAUAGCAUGAAGCAAUAAAGGAGAAUAGGGAUAUGAAUUCUGUCAAAUGCAAAAAGGAAGGUAGUGUCGAUGACUAGGAGAAGAGGAAACAAUUGAUCUUUCUCAAAUGAAAAAAAAAACAUGGAAA